UUCUUGUUAAUAUGUAUUUUCUUUCUUUGACCGAUAGUUGUAUGGUUUGUUAAUUUAGUUUUUUCAGUUUUCUCCAACCGCAUGAGGAUGGUUUCGACAUUGAUUCUGAAUUGUCUGCCUUAAAGCUGUUUUGUGAUUAAGCUGACGUGAUAUUGAUCUUUGUUUGCAUCUUUGAAUUUUAUUUUAUUUUUCUUGGUGAUUAUGUGUAUAAUUAUAUUCGUUAAAAGCUCAAAAUAAUUGGUCAAUGUCUCAUCGUGUCGUGUCGUAAUCGUGUAAACUAUUCUAAAUCACAAAAAGUAAAAGAUAAAAAAGAAAAAAAAAAAAAGUCAUAUUGUAGAACUUUUCUCUCUAAGGCGUAUUGUUGACCUUUGAAACUAUGGAUUCUACUGUUGGGUUGGAAUUUUGGGUGUUUUCAGUCACAACAAGAAAUUAACUGUAUGUACCGUGCGAACAUAUUUUAUAUGCUUGAAAAAGAAAGAAAUACAAUGUAAUCUUUUAUAUGCUAUCCUGGCUGACGUAACUACGGUAGUAUGAUGGUUGCAGAAUUUUUAUUAUCUUUCUAUUGACCAAACCAUAAUAAUAAUAAUUCAUGUCACAUCCGUGUAGUUUGUUGCAUAUCUCAAUCCUUUAUGCGUUGGGUCCAUAGGUUUAAAGAUUCCUACGCUUCAAUAUCGGCCUUUAUUAUAUGGCUGAAUAUGUGUUACUGUUUCUCUUUGUAGUGUGUCAGGCUUUUUAUUACUCUAUACCAACUAACUAUGCUUCCACAAGUAGCUUAGCCACUCCAUCAUAGAAUUUAUAAUUUCUUUUGUAUUUGUAUUUUUAUAGAUGUAGAUGAUAGUAUAGUUUAGUGUUUCCAACACUUUUUUCUGCUUUGGGUUUGCUUAGUUCUGCUUUUUACUACUGAUAACUCUAAUUUACAUGGUUGAUAGAGAGAUGAGGGGCCAUAAUUAUUUUCAGGAUUUGUCUGCUUAAUGGACUGUUUUCCAAAUAGUUGUGACAAGAAAACAUUAAAGAGGUGGUUUUUUAUCGAUAAAAGGGUUGGGUGAAGAAGAUAUCUGUUAUUCCUACACUGUUUACCGUUGAUUUGGACUGUUCAGUUACCGAAGUUUGCUUAUUUCUACAUCUUUAAUUGCGCUACAAAUCUGGAUCCAAUGGACCUGAAAUCAAAUCAUACCUCUCCUGUUCUCACUGAUCCUCCUCCCUCAAGUCAGUCAAGGCUUCGAGUAACCAGUUUGUUGACAUACUCACCUCCAGGAGCAGUAUUUUCUCCAGGUCUGUUCCUAACAAUCCCUAGGAAGAAGAGUGGAAUUCUUGACGAUGUUCGUGCUUGCUCUUGGCUGGAUGCCAUGAAAUCUUCAUCACCUCCUCACAGGAAGAUAGCAAAGGAUGUUAACAAUGAGAAUGCAUCAUCUGAUGCUGACGUUGCUUAUCGCAUCUGGAUGGUUAAGUUCCCAUCAGCACUUAAGUCUUUUGAGCAAAUAACCAAUUUUGCAAAAGGCAAGAGGAUAGCAUUGUUUUUGGAUUAUGAUGGAACUCUUUCUCCAAUUGUAGAUAACCCUGACUGUGCCUUUAUGUCUGAUGCUAUGCGUGCUACCGUGAAAAAAGUGGCAAAAUAUUUCCCAACUGCAAUAAUUAGUGGAAGGAGCCGUGACAAGGUGUAUGAAUUUGUAGGACUGACAGAAUUAUAUUAUGCGGGUAGUCAUGGGAUGGACAUCAUGGGCCCUGUUAAACAAUCUAUUUCAGAAUACCAUGCAAAUGGUUUUAGUUCUACUGACAAGGAGGGCAAGGAUGUUAAUCUUUUCCAGCCUGCAGCUGAGUUUUUACCUAUGAUUGACAAGGUUUAUAGAUCUCUUGUUGAAAGUACGAAAGCAAUUGAAGGAGCUAACGUCGAGAAUAACAAGUUCUGUGUUUCUGUACAUUACCGUAAUGUAGAUGAGAAGAGUUGGGCUAUGGUUGCACAAUGUGUGGAUGACAUUCUUAAAGAUUAUCCACGCUUGCGAUUGACUCAUGGGCGGAAGGUUUUAGAGGUCCGACCUGUGAUAAACUGGGAUAAGGGGAAGGCUGUCACAUUUUUGCUUGAAUCACUUGGGCUCAAUGAUUGUGAUGAUGUUCUCCCUAUCUACGUUGGAGAUGACCGGACAGAUGAAGAUGCAUUCAAGGUUCUAAGAGAGGGAAACCGAGGUUAUGGCAUUUUAGUCUCUAAUGUGCCCAAGGAAAGCAAUGCAUUCUACUCUCUAAAGGACCCAGCGGAGGUUAUGGAGUUUCUCAAGUCAUUGGUGUUCUGGAAGAAUUCAAGUGCUCUAUAAAUACAUAAAAGAUAAAGAAGAGAAAAUACACAUACGCCAAAAAUAGACUACUUGUUUUGGUUUUUUUCUAUAGACCUAUACCAAGGAGCUUUGGAAGCAGAGUUGCAUUGACGACCUUUUGUUAGAGACGGAGGGAGUUGGUCCCCAGUUGUUUCCGCUAAAAGCUUCUUGUCUUAAUUGUAAAUCCUUUUGCUUCAAAUUAACUUCUAUAUUGGGCCCAAGGAACGCCCUCCCACAUGUAUUAUCUUCUUCUUCUUCUUCUUCUUCUUCUUCUUCUUUUUUUUUUUUUUUUUUUUUUUUUUUUUUUUAUAACUUUUUGAGUCAGGUUUUCCUUGGCCCAGUGUAUUAAUCAUUCAUUAAUUUCUUUCCGUUCUCAUAAUUUUGGUUAGUAUUUCUCCAUUUGGGGGUGCCCUACAGAGAAAAUUAUUUGUUUAUUUUUUCUAUUUAUUUUUAAGUAUAGAAGAUCACGUUUUUACA